AUGCUCGCCUCUCAGACCUCGACGCCCGCCCCUUCGUCCCAGCCCGAGAUGCCGCCCCAAAAGAAGACCGCGCCAAAGCCGGUCUCCAGGUGCGUUCUCCCUUGCACCCCCACACCCUCUCCUCGGGAGCUCAACGGCGCUGACGCGUCGCCGCGUCCCGUCCAGUUCCCCGUCGGCCGUAUCCACCGCUACCUCAAGCAGCGCACGCAGAACAACGUCCGCAUCGGCGCCAAGGCCGCGGUGUACACCUCCGCGAUCCUCGAGUACUUGACCGCCGAGGUCCUCGAGCUUGCCGGCAACGCGUCCAAGGACCUCAAGGUGAAGCGCAUCACCCCGCGCCAUCUCCAGCUCGCCAUCCGCGGCGACGAGGAGCUCGACACCCUCGUGCGCGCCACGAUCGCCGGAGGAGGUGUCCUGCCUUUCAUCCACAAGACCCUUGUCGCGGGCAAAAAGAAGGGUGCCCAGCCGGAGCAGGUCUGA